AUGAACCGAAAGGGACCUAUGCAAAAGAAUGAAGAGACGGAUAAGCCGCUGCGUAUUGCUAUUGUGGAAAAGGACCGUUGCAAACCGAAGAACUGCGGACUGCCUUGCAAACGAAAUUGUCCUGUGAAUAAAAUGGGAAAGCAAUGCAUUGUCGUGGAGACGACAUCCGUCGUAGCUGAGAUAUCCGAGGUUCUAUGCAUUGGUUGCGGUAUUUGUGUAAAAAAGUGUCCUUACGAUGCUAUCAAAAUCAUCAAUUUGCCUUCGAAUCUUGCCAAUGAGUGUACACAUCGAUAUUCGAUGAACUCAUUCAAACUUCAUCGCUUACCAACACCAAGAACAGGAGAAGUAUUGGGUCUAGUGGGAACGAAUGGGAUUGGAAAAUCUACAGCCUUGAAAGUGCUAGCGGGGAAACUAAAGCCAAACUUGGGGAAAUUUGACGCCCCUCCAGAUUGGCCAAGUAUUCUUCAGUACUUCCGAGGAUCGGAAUUACAAAACUACUUCACCAAGAUCCUGGAAGACAAUCUCAAAGCUGUUGUAAAACCACAAUACGUCGACCAGAUUCCUAGAGCAGCCAAAGGUACCGUAGAAUCAUUGCUGUCAAGGAAAGCUGACAAAGGCAACCGCGAGCAAGUUCAACGGGAUAUGGAGCUUGAUGGGCUGCUACAAAGACAAAUCGAACAACUGUCGGGAGGAGAAUUGCAGCGAUUCGCUAUCGCAAUGUGCUGUAUUCAAAAAGCUGACGUUUACAUGUUUGAUGAACCAUCAUCGUAUCUAGAUGUGAAGCAGCGUCUUAGAGCCGCUUCUCUGAUUAGGGAUAUGAUCGGAGCAACUACCUAUGUCAUUGUUGUGGAGCACGAUCUCGCCGUCUUGGAUUACCUCUCUGACUUUAUUUGCUGCUUAUACGGCGUUCCUGGAGUAUAUGGUGUAGUGACCCUUCCUUCCGGUGUACGAGAAGGCAUCAACAUGUUCUUGGAUGGGUUCAUUAGAACGGAAAACAUGCGAUUCCGAGACGAUAAGCUCAACUUCAAGGUAUCUGAACAGCUUGAUGAAGUUAUCAAACGUACGGGUAACUUUAAGUAUCCAGCUAUGUCUAAAAAUCUUGGCUCAUUCAAACUAGAUGUAGAAGCCGGC